UGAAAUUUAAAUAUACAGAAAAAAUAGACACACUUGUUACCUGACCUAGCCUAAAACAGAUCAGAGGAUGGGGACAGAUUUGUAAAAAAUUACACACACCCACAGCGAACAGAAGUAUCGAAGUAAAGACAACUUUCUCUUGUCUAAUUUAACUCUGAAAUGCAAAAACCCAUUAAACAAUCCCAAUUAGCCACUAGUUAAACCAUCAUGAAUUCUUGAGCUAAAACAGCUUAACAACUGUGCAAUGAUGCACGUUCCCCAAUGAAGAUAAAUUGGCUGACUUGAUAUUCACUAGCUUGCCACUUAUUCAGUAAGAAAAAAAAGCUAAAACCAUGUCACACUAGGGAUGGGCGAUCAUAUAUCGUUUGUGAUAUAAUGGUAGAAAUUCUCCCCACAGUAACAACGAGUCUUCCCGACAUAAUAACGAUAAAGCCUAGUUGAUGACAUAUUUCUGUGAGCAAUGGUGUGCGACCCGUUUGCAGUUCACGUGCAGAGCAAAACCAAGUACGGUGGAAGGCGGACGUGAAGCUGAGGAGGAGUUUAUUGCUAAACCAGGAGAUACCUCUACAAUCUGAUUUACGAUGGUGGACAAGAAUAUAUACAUCAUCCAAGGGGAGAUUGCAACAGUGGUUGGUGCUAUCAAGAGAAACUCCAGAUGGAGCACACACACGCCGCUGGAUGAAGAGCAGGACCCGCUUCUCAGCAGUUUCAGUCAUCUUAAGGAGACCCUCAACACUAUCAAAGACCUCUCUGAAGUGGAGCCCAACGUGUUUCUCCGACCCUUCUUGGAAGUUGUUCGUUCGGAGGAUACAACCGGACCAAUCACCGGCCUUGCCCUCACUUCUGUCAACAAGUUCCUCUCUUAUGGCCUCAUUGAUGCCAAUCAUGAAGGAGCAGCAGAGGGGAUUGAGAACAUGGCUGACGCGGUCACUCAUGCAAGAUUUGUGGGGACGGACCCUGCUAGUGAUGAAGUGGUGCUUAUGAAAAUCCUCCAGGUUUUGAGGACUUUGCUGCUGACUCCAGUGGGAGCCCAUCUGACGAACGAGUCUGUGUGUGAGAUCAUGCAGUCCUGCUUCCGCAUUUGUUUUGAGAUGAGACUAAGUGAGCUGCUGAGGAAAUCAGCCGAACACACGCUGGUGGACAUGGUGCAGCUGCUCUUCUCCAGAUUACCACAGUUUAAAGAGGAGGCUAAAAGUUUUGUGGGCACCAACAUGAAGAAGGCUUACAAUAUCUUAUGGAAAAACAAACGAGUCCAGCUGAAGAUGCGUGCUGGUGGAAUGACCGAAUCAUCCAAGUGGAAGAAACAAAAGCGUUCUCCUCGUCCCUCUCGUCACAUGGUGCGCAGCCCCUCAGGACAGAUAGACCAGGCCCAGCUCAGCACUCUCAGCAACAACCUCUCUGGUGGAGUGCCAUUUAUUGAUCAACAAGGUGAUGGUAUGGCAGUGCUGCCUGUUUCUGAUAGUGCAGCUUCCUCCAUCUCCAGCCCUACUACAGACAGUGGACUGUCCAACUGCUCUAAAACCACAUCUAAAGAAGACCUCACAGACCUGGAGAGCUGCUCCACAGCCACCACUCCCAGCAUAGCAGCCUCCACUGAUGCUAGCAUGCUUGACACACAGAGUGAGGGUAGACAGGUAGAACGUACUCAGUCUGCCUCAGUAGAGUCCAUUCCUGAGGUGCUGGAGGACCGAGACUUAUUAGUAGAUCAGUCUGACUCUGCAUCUGUGCAUGACAUGGACUAUGUAAAUCCCAGAGGAGUGCGCUUCACUCAGUCUACCCAGAGAGAGGGUGCAGCGCUGAUCCCAUAUGGACUCCCAUGUCUGAGAGAGCUUUUCCGCUUUCUCAUUUCUCUCACCAACCCUCAUGACCGCCACAACUCCGAUGUGAUGAAGCACAUGGGUUUGCAGCUGCUCAAUGUGGCUCUGGAGGCCACACACAUCGCUCCCUACCAGUCACUGCUGGUCCUAGUCAAAGAUGAGCUCUGCAGACAUCUCAUACAGUUAUUAAGUGAAGACCGAAUGAAUUUGUAUGCUGCUUCCUUACGAGUCUGCUUUCUGCUGUUUGAGAGCAUGCGUGGACAUCUCAAAUUUCAGCUUGAGAUUUAUUUGAAGAAGUUAAUGGACAUCAUUACCUCAGAGAACCCAAAGAUGCCCUAUGAAAUGAAGGAAAUGGCCCUUGAGGCGAUCGUGCAGCUGUGGAGAAUCCCGAGCUUUGUGACCGAGCUCUAUAUUAACUAUGACUGUGAUUUCUACUGUUCCAACCUUUUCGAGGACCUCACAAAGCUGCUCUCCAAGAAUGCUUUUCCAGUCUCUGGUCAGCUCUACACAACUCAUCUCCUAUCACUUGAAGCCCUAUUAACUGUAAUAGACAGCACAGAGGCCCAUUGUCAGGUCAAAGUGAUGGACAGGGCUGCUGAGCAAGAGCAUUCAGAAACUUUAUCAGCUGACGGAGAUACCACUGUUGACAGUACCACAGAUUCAUUAACAGAGACCGGCAAGGCUUUGUUUGGUUCAAAUGGACAGACUGCAGUGGAGUCUGGAGUGUCAUCAACAUGCCUUCCAACCAGUGGACAUCUCAUGGCUGAAAAGAUGAGACUGGGUAGACAAGACCAGGAGGAGACCGAUUCAGCUGAAAAGAAAAGCCCUAAAAAGCCACAGCGUUUCACCAGUUGCCUUCCAGACUCCCAGGAACUGAUGAGCAUCAAAACGAAGAAAAAGCUUCUCAUCACAGGCACAGAGCAGUUCAAUCAGAAGCCUAAGAAGGGUAUCCAGUUUCUGCAGGAAAAAGGCCUUCUGAGUAGCCCAAUGGACACCAAUGAGGUGGCUCAGUGGCUUAGAGAAAACCCCCGACUGGACAAGAAGAUGAUUGGAGAAUUCAUCAGUGAAAGGAGCAACACUGAGUUGCUCGACAGUUUUGUCAACACAUUCGCUUUCCAAGGGCUGCGUAUAGACGAGGCACUGCGUUUGUAUCUAGAGGCUUUCCGACUUCCUGGCGAAGCGCCGGUCAUUCAUCGGCUCUUGGAGACCUUCACUGACAACUGGCAUAAAGUAAAUGGGAAUCCCUUCUUGUCAAACGAUGCUGGUUUCGCUUUGGCCUACGCGGUCAUUAUGUUGAACACGGAUCAACACAACCACAACGUUCGCAAGCAGAAUAUCCCCAUGACUGUGGAGCAAUUCAAGAAAAAUCUGAAAGGUGUGAAUGGUGGUACUGAUUUUGAUCAGGACAUGCUGGAAGACAUCUACAAUGCCAUCAAGAAUGAAGAAAUUGUUAUGCCUGAUGAGCAGAAAGGCCUGGUGAAGGAGAACUAUGUGUGGAGUGUGUUGCUACACAGAGGGGCUACUUCCGAGGGGAUCUUCCUCUAUGUGCCUGCUGGCAGCUAUGAUCACGACCUGUUCACAAUGACCUGGGGCCCAACAAUCGCUGCCCUUUCAUACGUGUUUGACAAGAGCUUAGAGGACACCAUUAUCCAAAAAGCCAUUGCAGGCUUCAGGAAAUGUGCAAUGAUAUCAGCACACUAUGGAUUUAGUGAUGUUUUUGAUAAUUUAAUCAUCUCCCUUUGCAAAUUUACCACACUCAACAGUGAGUCUGUAGAAAACUUGCCCACAGUUUUUGGUAGCAAUGCCAAGGCUCAGAUAGCAGCAAAGACUACGUUUAACCUCGCCCAUCGGCAUGGCGAUAUCUUGCGAGAGGGAUGGAAGAACAUCAUGGAGGCUAUGCUGCAGCUCUUCAGGGCUGAGCUCUUACCCAAAUCCAUGGUAGAGGUUGAGGAUUUCGUAGAGCCUAAUGGAAAGAUUUCUCUACAGCGUGAGGAGACGCCAGCAAAUAGGGGAGAGUCGGCUGUAUUAAGCUUUGUUAAUUGGUUGACACUGAGUGGUGGAGCGGAGCAGUCCGGACAGCGAGGACCCUCUACUGAGAAUCAGGAGGCCAAACAGUCUGCCCUGCUCUGUAUAAAGCAUUGUGACCCUGAGAAGCUGAUCACAGAAAGCAAGUUCCUACAGCUGGAAUCUCUGCAGGAGCUUAUGAAGGCCCUUAUCUCAGUGACUCCUGAUGAAGAGACCUAUGAUGAAGAAGAUGCUGCUUUCUGUCUAGAGAUGCUGCUGCGUAUCGUUCUAGAGAAUAGGGACCGGGUGUCGUGUGUGUGGCAGACUGUGCGUGCCCGUUUGUAUCACCUGUGUGUGCAUGCCAAUGAGAGCUGCUUCCUGGUGGAAAGAGCUGUAGUGGGACUGCUGAGACUUGCUAUACGCUUGCUGCGCCGAGAGGACAUCAGCUCACAGGUGCUGCUCUCUUUGCGCCUGCUCCUGAUGAUGAAGCCUCACGUGUUGUCCAGAGUGAGUCGAGAGGUUGCCUAUGGUCUACACGAACUGCUCAAAACCAAUGCUGCCAACAUCCACUGCACUGAUGACUGGUACACUCUUUUUACACUGCUGGAGUGCAUCGGUGCUGGAGUCAAACCUCCAGCUGCACUGCAGGUCACCAGCAGCAGCCCUGACAGUGACACAGGUGCCCAGUCUGACAGUGAAGUGAGCUCAUACCACCAGAGUGAAGUCACUUUGGACCGAGGCUACACCUCUGACUCUGAGGUUUACACUGAACACAACAAGCCCAGAUUAUCCCGCUCUGCCACUGAAGUUGAAGUGGGAUGGCUAGUGGUUGGUAAGGAUGACCUGGACAGCAGUAAGGCACCACUUGCUCCUCUUAUUAACCAGUACAGUUUAACUUUGGGUCAGGACAUGGGCCUGCAUGAUACCAAGUCCCUCAUCAAGUCUGUGGAGUCGCUCUCUUUUAUUGUACGAGAUGCUGCACAUGUCACACCUGAGAACUUUGAGCUUUGCGUGAAAGCCAUCCGAGUGUUUGUGGAAGCCAGUCUUAAUGGAGGUUAUCGCACCCAUGAGAAAAAAAAGAGCCACAAAUACGACUCAAAAGCUAGUCGGCUACGGAAGAAGCCACGGGAGAAGGAGGGUGUGUCCCGACGAGCUAAACCUGCCAGUCAGCGGCCCUCCCGUUCCCACAGUGACGAUGAGGAAGACGAGGGGGUGCCAGCCAGCUACCAUACGGUGUCUUUACAGGUUAGUCAGGACUUGUUAGAUCUGAUGCACACACUGCACACACGGGCAGCAAGUAUCUACAGCUCAUGGGCAGAGGAACAGCACCAUCUGGAGGCAAGUGGAAAGAAGAUUGAAGCUGACUCUCAGACACUGUGGUCGAGCUGCUGGUGUCCUUUGCUCCAAGGUAUGGCCUGGCUGUGCUGUGAUGCUCGGAGGCAGGUUCGGAUGCAGGCUCUCACUUACCUCCAGAGGGCGCUACUUGUACAUGAUCUGCAAACAUUGGAUGCUGUGGAGUGGGAAUCCUGUUUCAACAAGGUCCUGUUUCCGCUACUGACUAAGCUCUUAGACAGCAUCAGCCCAGCAGAUGUCGGGGGCAUGGAGGAGACUAGAAUGAGAGCCUGCACACUGCUCUCCAAGGUGUUCCUCCAGCAUCUCUCGCCGCUGCUUUCUCUGCCCACAUUCGCUGCUCUCUGGCUUACCAUCCUAGACUUCAUGGACAAAUACAUGCAUGCUGGCUCCAGUGAUCUACUGUUGGAGGCAAUCCCUGAGUCUCUGAAGAACAUGCUGCUGGUAAUGGACACAGCUGGGAUUUUCCACAGUGCAGACUCGCGUACAGGCUACUCUGAUCUGUGGGAGAUCACAUGGGAGAGGAUUGACUGCUUCCUGCCCCACCUCCGAGAGGAGCUUUUCAAACAAGCUGUCAUGCCAGAACCUGUCCCCAAUGUUCCUGUAGAACCUGCUCCCACUUCUGUUCCCAAUUCUCCAUCUUCCCCUCCUGUGCCAUCCCCUGCACCAGUGCCAACUGCCCCCACAGAACCAAAGACCCCCAGCAGGCCUGCGUCUCCUCAGGAAAUACAAACACCCAGUGCCAAUGGAAAUGAUAGAUCAUCUCCAGUGCCCCCCUCCACUACUCCAAUGCCCACUCCAGUUAAGAGCUCGUGUGACUCCCCGCCCACUCUCACUCAAUCUCCUCUAAUACUCCAGCCCCUAGCCUCUCCACUGCAGGUGGGCGUGCCCCCCAUGACACUGCCAAUCAUUCUAAAUCCCGCCCUCAUAGAAGCCACAUCGCCUGUACCCCUGCUUCCAGCGCCUCGUCCAACCGAACCUGCGGACACUUCAGAGGUCAAAUAGGACAUGCAAGGAUUGUCCUUGAGCAUUGAGAAGAGGACUGGAGACCCUCUCAUGCUGCUGCUCUCUCUCUGCAUUUACAUGCUUGCCUCACCAUCAGCACAACCGAAUACAUUACAUAAGGCCAGGACCUGGAAAGAGUGAUGGAGAGCCAAAGAGAGAGAAAGUGCAGCUGACAUGCUCCUUAUUUCCCCACAUAAAACAUGUCCACUCUAAGGUAUAUUACACCCACUGCUGUUGAUCAUGCAAGCCUUCAUUAUUAAUAUAGUUUGCACAAAUAUUUAUUCAGAUUAGCAAUGCGCAACUGGAAUACGAAGGACAGACCUACAGUUAUGGGACCAGGUAUGACACUGAUUCAGGUUUCUAUUUCUACCCAUUUGUGCAGAUGUAAUAUAUUGAAGCUGCAGUGACUUACACUAUUCCUAAAAUUUAUUGGAACAGAUAUAACAGUAAAUUAUUUGGUUUAGAUUCAGCAUGAA